ACUGAAAUGAGGGAGAGAGCAAUAACUGCGAAGGAGAUAGCGCAGAGCGGAGAGGAGAACUUGGCCGAUGGAGAGAUGACGAUGGAGCAGUGAUCUCCGGACUUCAAUCUUCUCGACGGUGAAGCUCUGAUCGGAAUACUGUCGCAGCUCAGGUCAGACGAACAUCAGAAGCGAAGGAGGAGGAGAAUCAACAGUCGAGGAACACAAGUGAAUUUGGACAAUGGAAGCGGCCAUGGGGUUGAUGAGGCGGAUGCCGCCGAAGCACACGGAGACGGCCCUCUCGGCUCUCCUCAGCCUCCUACCCCACCAUUCCUCCGAUCUCCUCGCCCAAGUCGAUCAGCCUCUCCAGGUUUUAUGCGACGUAGAAUGUGGGAAGGAGUUUAUUCUGUGUGAAUACAAUAGAGAUGCUGACUCUUACAGAUCACCUUGGUCGAGUAAAUACCAUCCACCACUGGAGGAUGGGACUCAGCCAUCUCCAGAGUUGAGGAAACUUGAGAUAGAGGCGAAUGAAACCUUUGCAAUAUAUCGUGACCAGUACUAUGAAGGUGGCAUUUCUUCGGUCUACAUGUGGGAAGAUGAUAAUGAAGGCUUUGUAGCUUGCUUUUUGAUAAAGAAAGAUGGCUCAAAAACAGGGCAAGGUAGGAGAGGUUAUCUUGAGGAGGGGGCAUGGGAUGCUAUUCAUGUGAUUGAGGUGGGACCAGAUGAGGAUGGAACAGCUCAUUACUGCUUAACCAGCACUGUCAUGCUCUCUCUCACUACAGAUAAUGAGUCAUCAGGCACAUUUAGUUUGUCUGGAUCAAUUAGAAGACAGAUGAACAUGGACCUCUCAGUUGCUGACGGGCAUCUCUGUAACAUGGGAAGGAUGAUAGAAGAAAUGGAGAGUAAGCUGAGAAAUUCAUUGGAUCAGGUCUACUUCGGUAAAACGAAAGAGAUGGUCUGUAUAUUGCGACCACCAGCAGAGGUUGCACCAAUGAGACUUCCUGAUAGUUGAUGGGCAUGCUUGUAUGUGAUUUUUAUGUGUCAUGACCCCCCUCGUUCUAAGGUGUUAUUUAGAUAUGCAAAUUCUGGCGGUCAAGAGAGAUGCUACAUGGUUUGUUGUAGACUUGCUUUCUCGGAAACAGUCGAUUUAUGUAGAUUGCUAUUGAGAUGCAAAAUUUCCUGCAUAAAGAUUGUAAAAGAAUCAUAGUAUUUAUACAUUCUGCAUUUACAUUGUAUUGAUUAUUUGGAUUGUUGGUAGUUA